AUGUCCAAACUAACCCUACAAAGCACAUUAAAACUUCACACUGGUACUUCCAUCCCAUUAUUGGGUUAUGGUGUAUUUCAAGCAAAAGGAGAUGAUUGUUAUAAAGGUAUUAUAGAAGCACUCAAAGUUGGUUAUCGACAUAUCGAUGACGCUCAAGGUUAUUACAAUGAAGAAGACGCUGGAAGAGCCAUCGCCGAUACCGAUAUACCUAGAGAGAAAAUCUUCGUUACGACCAAAUAUAUGCCUACUAAAACAGUCGUCCCAUCAAGUCAAGUGUACGAUGAAUUAAAGAAAUCUUUACCAAAACUUGAUAAUACAAAAAAUGGUUAUAUCGAUCUUAUGCUUAUACAUGCACCCUUUGGUGGACCUGAAGGAAGAGCUAGUAACUGGGAAGCAUUAGUUAAAGCUCAAAAGGAAGGUUGGAUAAAAGACAUCGGGGUAUCUAAUUUUGGUGUAAGACAUCUAAAAGAACUUCCAUCACCAAAACCUACUAUUAAUCAAAUCGAAGUUCAUCCAUGGUGUCAACAAAAGGAAAUCAUCAAAUAUUGUCAAGAGAAUGAUAUCGCAGUUGAAGCUUAUUGUCCUAUUGUUCGAGCUGAUCCUAAACGAUUUGCCGAACCUAAAUUAAAGAAAAUCAGUGAGAAACACGGUAAAGGUCCUGGAGAAGUCUUACUUCGAUGGAGUUUACAAAAAGGCUUGAUCCCACUUAUCAAGUCUGUUACUCCUAGUCGUAUCAAGUCCAACACGGAGCUGUAUGACUUUGAGUUAGACGAUCAAGAUAUUGCUGAUCUUGAUUCACUCGAUGAAGGCGCUGGAGGUGCUAUCUCCUGGAACCCCGUCAAUGAUCCUUAA